CUCCACAGCCUGUUUCAUUUUCUCUCGGUCCCAGUAAGUUCAUAGCGCCAUGGAUACCCGCAAGGAAAACAAGGUAAGAAAACAACCCAUGAAACCAAAAUCCACAACGCGAAAGGAGAAGAAAUACAAGACCGGGAGGUUUAUCAGGAGGAAAUCGCUGCGAUCUUUUGGGAAUUUCAUGGGAAGGAUCCUUAAAACUUUGGGCACUUUGGCGCACUUUGGCGACGCGGAACCGCCAGACGCGGAGGACGACGACGGCGGCUUCGGCCAGAGCGCUUCGGGGGGUUUCAAAGAGGACUGCUCGCAGAUCUUCAGGGAGGGAACCGUGAAGAAGAGCUCCACGGCGUCCUCCUCUCACGGCUCGGUGAAAGAGAGGCUGUCGUGGUGCUACGGUGACAAGACCCCCGGGGUGCUGGGACUGAAGAACCACGGCAACACCUGUUUCAUGAACGCCGUGGUUCAGUGCCUCAGCAACACGGACCUGCUGGCCGAGUACCUCGGGCUGGAGCAGUACAGGUCGGACGUGUGCCACGGGAGGGUGAACGGGGAGGUGAGAGGAGAGGAGCCGCAGAGCGCCAGGGGAGAGGUGACCGAGCAGCUGGCGUCGCUGGUUCGAGCGCUGUGGACACUGGAGUACCAGCCUCAGCUGUCUGUGGAGUUCAAGAGCAUAGUGGCCAAAUACGGCUCUCAGUUUCGGGGAAACUCUCAGCAUGAUGCCCUCGAGUUCCUCCUCUGGCUUCUGGACAGAGUUCAUGAAGAUGCCAGUCCUGGCCCCAACAAUAACAGCAACAGCAAGACCAAAGCUAACGCCAAGGGACCCAGUCCAUCGGAGGAUCCCUCCAGUCCCAGUUCAGCCAGCGCACAGCAGCCUCGAGGUCGACACAGUUUUGUCCAGGAACACUUCCAGGCUCAGUACAGAUCUUCUCUGACGUGCCCUCAUUGCCUUAAGCAGAGCAACACCUUCGACCCGUUUUUAUGCAUCUCCCUGCCAAUCCCUCUACGACAAACCAGGCCGAUGUGUGUGACGCUGGUGUUCAAUACGAAGGGUCAGAGGUAUCUGCGGGUGGGGCUGGCUGUACCUCUCUUUGGUACCCUGUCCUGCCUUAGAGCCAUGGUGGCAGAGGAGGGCAACAUCUCCCCGGACCAGGUCAUCCUAUCAGAGUUGUACUCCACGGGUUUCCAGCGCUCCUUCUCAGAUGACGACGACCUGACGUCAAUUUCUGACAGCGACGUGGUCUACGCCUUCCAGGCUCCUCCCCUCUACAGUCGCGGAGGCUCUGCACCGCACUCAGGGUAUCACCACAGCCUCCCCUCCUCUCCCUACACCUCCACGGCUGGCCGCGAUGGUCAGAGGUUACCGCCGUCUGGCACCCUGUCCUCUGAAUACCUGAACCAGGGCGGCUCCUCAAAGGUCCUCCUCCUCAUCUGUAACACAGCAGGAUCUGGCCAGCAGGCUGUCAGGUUUGGACCUCCAUUUCUCAUGCGUGAGGACAGGAGCAUCUCCUGGGACCAGCUGCAGCAGAGCAUCCUCAGCAAGCUCUAUUAUCUGAUGCUGAAUGGAUCUCAGGCUCAGAACGCUGGGGUGCUAUUCAAGAUCAGAGUGGUGGGAGGAUCGGCAGCCUACAGCUACCUGUCCCCACAGGAUAGCAGGCCACUCUACCACCCUGCAGUUGAUAGAGCACUGAAGUUCUGUGGUCCUGGGGGACCUCCCCAUGUAAAGCUCGUCAUCGAGUGGGAGCACAAGACUAAAGAAUGUCUGUUUGGCAGCAUCCAAGAGGAGGUGGUGAAGGAUGCGGAGAGUGUGAGGAACCAGCAGCAGCAACAUCUGCAGCAGCAUAGCUGUACCUUGGACGAGUGCUUCCAGCUGUACACCAAAGAAGAACAGCUCGCCCCAGAUGAUGCCUGGAAGUGUCCCCACUGUAAACAGCUUCAGCAGGGCAUGGUGAAGAUGAGCCUGUGGACUCUGCCUGACAUACUGAUCCUCCAUCUCAAGCGCUUCCGACAGGUAGGCGAGCGGAGGAAUAAGCUGUCAACCUUGGUGCGUUUCCCCCUGACUGGAUUGGACAUGGCCCCCCACAUGGUGAAGAGGAGUCAGAGUAUGAGGAACCUGAACCUGGGAGCCUGGACACCUUCCUGGAAGCAGCCCUCAGGACAACACAACCCACCUGCCGACAUGACCCUCCCAAUCGACUAUCAGUACGACCUCUACGCUGUGUGUAACCAUCACGGAGGAAUGCAUGGAGGACAUUAUACUGCUUACUGUAGGAACUCAGUGGACGGCCAGUGGUAUAGUUACGAUGACAGCAGCGUCGACCUGGUGCCAGACGAGGAAGUUUGUACCAGAGGAGCUUACAUCCUUUUCUACCAGAGACGCAACACUAUUCCUCCAUGGUCGGCCAGUAGCUCCAUCAGAGGCUCCACGAGUUCAUCCAUGUCAGACCACUGGCUGAUCCGGCUGACAGGGGACAGUAAGAGAGGCAGUCUAGUGUCUCGAUCCUCCACCACCUGCCCGUCUUCCAUACCCGACUCUCCGGAGUCUCCGGUCUUCCUUGACAAUGGUUCCAAAGAGGAGAGGGGGGGUUUUGAGAGCAGGCCAUUUGUCAGGGGUCUUCAGGGGCGCAGUGUGAGCAUGAGAGCCCCCAGCAAGACCAAAGACACUCUGAGCAAAGUGCUUCCCCUGCGCUGGUCCUUUGGUUCCAAGGAUAGACGAAAAACAGAGCCAGUGCCUGCACCGGUCAGAGAUCCUGCCCCUGUAGAGCUAGUGCAGUACUUGGAAUCUGGUCGGCGGCCCCGGUGCACAAAGGACCCAAUAAUAACGUUGAUGAGCGAACCGCGCAGCACAAAGGAAUCUGCUGAGAGCCGCGCCGCCGCCAAUGUCCGAUCAUCCAGCAUUGGGAGUAUAAGUUGUGUGGGUAAAGCAGGGGAUGAGCCGCCUCCAGAAUCUCCACGGGUCCCAGAGGGCCAGAGGAGAACAUCAGAUAAGACAGCCAGCUUGAGGCGCAGCAAGGGAGGCCAGACAAGAGAUGAGAGUGCCUCGAAUAUCAGCAGUAGCUCUAGCAGUAACACCCUUACCAGGAGGAAGGAUGCCAGGAAGCAGAGCUCCUCCAAAGCUUCCCAGGACGCUGAGACAAAAAGGAGUUUCACUGCUGGAGUUCAGCCCAGCUACAGUACACCCAGCCUUCAUGAUGAGACUCUGAGAAGGCAAAAGGUAGAAAGGGCUGAUAGGGAGCAUCAUGGUACAUAUGAAGGAAACUCAAAAACCAAGAAGGGAGAAGUACCCAAGAACCACGAGGGACUGCUCUCCUUCUUCAAAGGUAACUUUCUAAAGAAGGAUAAGGACCUGAGGAAGUCCAAGGAGGGUGAGUCAGGGAGAGGAGGAGGUGAGGAAGGAGGCAGAAGGACCUUGUCGAGGCUGUCACUGUCUAACGGAGCAGUCGGAGGCAGAACUGGGGUGGAAGGAGGCAAGUCUAACGGCUCAGGCCAUCUGGGUGAUGACGUGGCCAAUGGAAAUGUGGGGCGCACGGCGGCUGACAUCAAGCGCUCGCAGAGUUCCUCCAACAUCCCCACCAAGGCAGAGCAGAGCAUGCGCAGAACAUCGUCUUUGCAUCGUAAUGGCAUGUCCACAGCCCCGGCACCGUCACGCAGCCUGACAACAGACAAACCAUCUUACGGCACCCUGCAGAGGACUCGUUACAGCACAACCUCCCUGGGGCGCAAAAGGACAGUCCCAGAGUCGAGCUUCUGA